UCUUCCUCAGACACAACAGCAGCAAAAACCAUCUUUCCCUCUUCGUCAACCUCCACUUCAAAUUUCAAACCAUGGAUAGAGUAAUGAGGCUUGCUUCUCAAAGGGCAGUAGUGAUCUUCAGCACGAGCUCGUGCUGCAUGUGUCACACUAUCAAAACUCUCUUCUCUGAGCUUGGAGUGAACCCUGCAAUCUAUGAGCUUGAUGAAGAGCCAAUGGGGAGAGAAAUGGAGAAAGCACUUAUCAAGCUUCUAGGUCGAAAACCGCCAGUGCCAGCUGUGUUUAUUGGUGGGAAGCUGAUCGGAUCGACAGACAAGAUUAUGUCCCUCCAUCUUGGAGGCAAUCUUGUCCCUCUAUUGCGCUCUGCUGGUGCUCUUUGGCUCUGAUACCAUGAUAAAUGUUCUGAAACCAGUAGAUGGUAUUAUAUUGUGCUUUUUGUUAUAUUACCAGCACAAUAGUGAGAAAAAAAUAUUAGAAUGGCUUAACUGUUUUUCGGUAUGCUGCUUCCUUUACUUAUGUUUG